GUAUAAAUAGUGUAAAUAGCAAUAUAAAUAGUAGCAAGCAAGAGAAAAAGUUAAAAAAACGAAUGUAUCGUACAAAGUCUAAUGCAUGGGAUUUUUUUACAAAAAUUGAUACAACACAUGCUCGAUGCAAUAUUUGUAAGAAAAUAUUUAAAAAUUGUGGGAAUACUACUAACUUUUUGAUACAUAUAAAGAAACAACAUGAAGUCGAAUUUAAUAAACAAUAUUUAAGUGGUUCAGAUUCUGAAGGAUUAUGUUCCGAGGAUUCAAAAUCAAUCACCUCCACAAAUGUCUGUGUUUCAGAUGGAUGGACAUCCAAUGCAAAUGAAAGCUAUUUGGGUAUUACGUGUCACUUUUUUAAAGUAACUAAUUUUUUGACUUUGCAUUCUACUACCUUAGAUGUAAUAUUAAUUGAAAAAGACGAGACUGCAAAUAACUUAAGUCAGUUAAUCAGAAACUGUUUAACUGAUUGGGAAAUAUUUGACAAAGUGAAUCAUAUUGUAACUGAUAAUGCAGCAAACAUGAAGCUAACUGUUGAGUUGCUCAAUAAAAAACAUUUUCCAUGUUUUGCACAUAGUCUCAAUCUCGUUUUGAAAAAUGCUAUUACAAAAUGUAAUAACAAAGAGGUUCUUUCAAUUAUUACAAAAUGUAAAAACUUAGUCACAUUUUUUCAUCACAGUUCUAAGGCUAGUAGAAUGUUAAAAGAAGCAAACAAAAAAUUAGCUGAGGAAGGAGAAACUGUUCCUUGUAAAUUAAUACAAUAUAUUGACACAAGAUGGAAUACAUUAUAUCAUAUGAUCAAUAGUAUCAUUGAUAAUCAUAAUGGUAUUAAAUUGAUUCAACUAAAUGACGAGUACUCAGAACUUCCAAUUUUAACAAAAGAAGAAAUACAAUUAACCAAGCAAAUAAAUAUGAUAUUAGAACCUUUUGAGCAAGCAACUAAAGAUAUUUCUGGUGAAGAUUAUGUUUCUAUUUCACUCGUAAUUCCUUGUAUAAAAGGCAUAAUAUUAAAACUGGAAGCUAUUCAUAAAACAUUAAGUUAUCCAGCAGCACUUUCAUUUUAUGAAAAAAUUCGACAAUUUAUUGACGAAAAAUUAAUACAUUAUGAACAAAGAACGAUUGGCAAAGUAGCUACGUUGAUUGACCCAAGAUUUAAAAAAAUAGGAUUUCGUUCACAAGCAAAUUACGAAGAAGCAGUUAACAUGUUACAAAAUCUUCUUGCUGCUCAAUUUAAAAGUUCGGAUCAAAUUGAAAAAAAUGUUAACCUAACUCACUUUAUUAAUAACAAGACAAACAAUUGUAGUGUUGCCAAGCCUACUGGAAUCUUCAGUUUUAUGGAACAUUCGUCGCAAUCUUCUGUAGCUAAUAUUGAUAAUAUUGUUUUAACAAGAAAUUAUCUAACAU